AUGUUAGGAGCUGUAGUUCCUGAGCUUCCCCAGUUUGGUGCCUUCGUGUCUGUCUUAGGAGUUGUAAUGUUGGAAUCCAGGGCCUCGCCUCCAUGUGUUGGAGAUUUGUUGAACUUCUUAAGUACAGUAUUUUUUGGUGUCCUUAUGCUACGAACUGAACCUAUUUCAAGAAGCACUAAUAAAGAGAACUUCUUACCCCUUCUUGGAUAUGAGGUAUGCAUUGUUGCUUUUUUGUCAACUCUAUGGUAUUUUCUCGGAGGCUGGCUUGAUGGAAGUUGGGAGUUCAACCCAUCAUCUUGGUCUCAGGCAGUGUUUUGGGAUUGGAUGUUCACAUUUCCAUGGAUACCUGCACUUUAUACAGGCAUAUUCUCGACUGGGUUGUGCUUAUGGGUGGAGAUAGCUGCUGUGCGUGAUGUAUCAGCCACAGAAACAGCAAUAACUUAUGGCCUGGAGCCUGCUUGGGGUGCUGAUUUUGCAUGGUUUCUCCUUGGUGAAAGUUGGAGUGCCACUGGUUGGAUUGGAGCUGCCCUUGUGCUAUAG